AUGCCGAUGAAGCUUGUAGUGGAUACAAUCUAUCAACAUUUCACAGGGAAAGCUGCUAUAUUGAUGGCAGAUUGCUGUCACUCUGGUUAUAUUUGUAAUUUGGUGAAUGAUUACGAUAAAAGCGAGGUGAACAAUUAUUUACGUGUUGCUGCAUUUGGUUCAGUUUAUUACAACAAAUCAUCCACAGGCAACUGGACAUUCACAGUUGCUCUACUAGCAGCAUUAAACGGUCAAGCGUAUUUGGAAUUUGACGAUGAUGGUACGGUGACAUUGAAAGAAUUGGAGCGACAUAUUAUGUAUGAUAUGGCGCUGUUUGACAAGCAAUAUGCAUCAUCCUAUCUACCAAAUGAUAUGCGUACAUGGAUUCUGACAUGUCCCGUAAAGCGUAGGAAACAUGCACGUAUUGGUGAACGCAUAUUAGUCGAUUGGGACGGUAUAGAUUAUAUGGCAAGAAUUGAAAAAUAUCGACAGGGUGAAUUUUAUAUUCGUUAUUUCAGUUUUGCUAGUAAUGAACGUAGUUGGAUUAGUGAAGAUGAAGCGAAACCAUUGGACAUCGUUCACUAUGCACGAGGGACCAGAUUAGAGGUUCUCAGUGGCGAUAAAUGGUAUCCAUGUCGAGUGUUGAAAGGUUUCUGUGGUUUACAUUUAAUCAAGUAUGAUGAUUAUGCCGAAAAGUACAACGAAUGGGCAUCAAAAGAUAAUUUAAGGUCCAGAUCAUAG